AUGGUUGCGAAUCAAUUGUCAACCAAGGAGCAACAUCGACGCGAGCGCAAUCGCAGUAAAGUUCGCCGUAGUUACUACCGCAAAAUUUUUAAUUUGGCCAGAUUACGGGCACAAGUAGAGACACUUGAAUACAAGUUUGAACAGCUGCUGCAGGCGCAGGAACGAAAGGCAGCAUCUCACGUUGUACAAGAGCUGAAUGGUAUGCUUACCGAAGCUGAGACGUUGAGUAUUAAGCUUGGGUCACUCGGGGGUCAAAAGUACCUUAAAGAGCUGACAGCCAUCGAGCCACUUCCAUUAGUGACAGCUAACAAUUUUUCUGCUGGUCGCGUCAAGCGGCUUCUGCAACUGGCACGCAUACGUAAAGCGUUGUAUGAAGAGAAUGAAUCGUUACGAGAUCGAGGUAGGAUUUUUGCCAAGGCUUACAGCAAUCUUCAGCACCUGAUGGACGUCUACGCUGUGGAAAACCAUGAGAACGACAUCUUGUUCAAACGCACUCAGCUAAUGGUCUUAAGAAAGCUCAAACUUGAAGAGUGUCUAGAGAUUAACCGUGUUGCAUACGGCCGCAUUACUGCAUUUAUCGAGAAGCAGCGCUGGAAACCACCUAAAGGUGCGACGCUGGGCUGGACAGACCGCCGAAGACUCGAAAAUGGUGUCUUGACCUUCUAUUUUUCGAAAUUUUUCGCUAAUCGAUCGUCUACUCAAUUGGCCGAGCUUACAUGGCAACUCACUGCAGAUGUCAAUUAUGCUCGCCGCUUCUUUUCUGUAUAUUUAAAUGUGGACGUACAUAUCGUGCAACACAUUGACGAUAGCAACGUUGUGUGUAUGCGCACAGUAAACCAGUCGGAUCAUGACGUGGUUAUUAAGAGUCUUUACUUACUCACUCGUUUUAAAACGGAAAAAGGUAUUAUUUUACUCAAGCAUGGACUGGAUCCCUCGCGACUUGAAGACGAUUUCACCAAACUCGCGAGGGUGGGUAAAUCUGAAGUGUGGCAAGACGAGUUUUGCUGGAUACUUCUGGAAGAUGAAAAACACGGCUGUCGUAUGUCGUUAGGUGGCAUGGCGCUAGUAGAACACCCAUGGGAACAAUUUUGGCUUUGUGAAGUGUUGUUGUUGACGUUGCGCUGGGAGAGUGUCGUUGUUGCACCACUUUUCUCGCUGCGGUGCAACUAA